AUGAGAGUGCGAAAGUUGACGUUCAUCUUUUUUAUGAUAACAGUACACGAUUAUAUCAGUAGACAAGGUCGGUCAGAUAGCUUUCCAGGCGCACUGGGCGACAGUCCUGGAAAAGAACCUCCUCACAUUCACAGCAGAGAGAAAAGCAGGAGUAGAAUUAAAUCAGUCAUCGAGGCUCUUCGCAAAGUUGCAGAUGUUGAACAACAGCUACAAGAAAACAAUGGGUGUAACAAGGUUGAUCUGCUAAAUAUAACAUUCGACGAACGGCGAUGGAAAAAAGAGGCGCUUUUGACCGUGCAAGUGGCUAACUUGAUGACUUCCUUAUGGCGCGCUCCUGGGGAUAAUGGUUAUCCUGUAGCCGCAAACGAUGCUUUGCUUUACCAUUAUGUCCGCUCAAUCGUGUUAUUCUCGCCGUCUGUAUUCGGAUCAGUGAUUUGCUUUGACAACAACUUGUACAAAAAUUACACACGAUUUUGCCCGUACGCCUUCCGAGAUUCCGACCUAAACGGGAGUGUUCAUGUGUUUGAUAUAGCCAAUGGGGAUUAUGACUAUACCACUGAUACAAACGCAAUCUGGUGGCACGAACCAAGAAACAAAGCUCUCACCUUCAUACCCGUGAAAUCUUUGGGCUUUUUCGAGGAGCGUUUUAACGCAACUGCAAAAAAGGCGAAAAAGAAAGAGGCUUUUCCGCAUGUAACUUUUGAGAAUGGAACCUGGACUCGACCUUACUUCGACUGCUUUGGAGGGAAGGUUUGGAUGGUCACAUAUCUCGCGCCAUUUUACAAUGAAACGGAUGAGUUUCUGUAAGUACCACUAUUGGCGGAGUUAGCUAUUUAUCCAAGAAAUCCUAGUAGAUACGUGACUUCUGUCCGCGCCGCAGGACACCAAUGUGAAAUAUCUCACUUACCAGUUAGGGUGAGAGCUAGGAGUGGAGGAGAGUUAGGAGUCCAAGGCUUUAAAGGGCACCUUCAACCAGUGUGCAUUGCGGUCGUACACUUCACCGAAUUUAUUUGCUGUAAUACAGAAACCACGAAAGUGAUUUCUGUGUUUGAUAACAGGAUUGUAUCUAUGUUUCUUUUAAGAAGGGUAUCACAGCCUGCUAUUUCCUUAGGAUGUGAAGAUACAACCCGAUUUUCAAAAACAAUCAGAACGUUCGUAAUUUCUGUACUACUACUACUACUACUACUACUACUACUACUACUACUACUACUACGACGACGACGACGACGACGACUACUACUACUACUACUACUACUACUACUACUACUACUACUACUACUACUACUACUACUACUACUACUACUACUACUGCUACUACUACUACUACUACUACUACUACUACUACUACUACUACUACUACUACUACUACUACUACUACUACUACUACUACUACUACUACUACUACUACUACUACUAUUACUACCACUAAUAAUAAUAAUAAUAAUAAUUCUCGUAUGAACCGGCUUACGACGAAAACUUUCAAAAACAAAUUUUCAUUGCUUUUCUCAGCAUGGUUUGGGCACGCUUGAUGGCCAAUAUUAUUCAGACUGGUUAAAACUUUGGCAGGUUAUAUAUUUGGAUACGUAAAAAUUUAUGCAAUAUCUAGAAUAUUGUACAGGUUACCAACUAUCUAGAACCCCUAUUUUUGAGUCAUUUUCCGUUUGUAUUUGUCUUCUUCUACUGACUGGACUAACAACACGAACUGCAGGCCCUAUCACGAAAUCUGGCGGACGGUGAUGAAGAAUGUGCAUUACAGUGAAUCAACCUUUAAAAUAUUAAGGUUUUUUUUUGUAGUGGCGUGGUCAGUAUUGAUGUGGUUCUUAGCGAUAUCAACAUCAACCAAUGUGAUGACCAAGAAACCUCUGAGCAAGAUGACAAAGAGAAUUUAAUAGAGUUUUUGGGAACUCAUUUAUGUAAGCCAUCAACAAAGGCAAGUACUUGACCAAAAUAAAUAUUACAUAAACCCAUUUUACUCUUCGGGCACAAAAAACUGCGUUCGGUUCCACCCAACAAGGUUUGUUUUUGUUUUUUUAGAGUUCUUCUCUUAACAAAAAGAACAUUUUGCUGGAGGGACUACGUAGGCUUAUGAGCCAUUUAUUUUUACUUUUAACCCCCGGACGUACGGGCAAAGUCAUACCCCCACCGUGGUACGGGGAGGGGUUGAUGGCUGAUGGUUGAAGGGGUUUGAUAUGUUGCAAUAUUUCGAAACGAUUUUGCCUUCAGUGGAAAACCUUUGAUCUUCUCUAAAAGAUGAGGUAUAUUUUAUGGGUGAUGGCACUGUUGGAGGUCUGUGACGUCACCAAACAUGGCCGCCAUCUUGGAUUUUAUCAAGAAAUAGAAAUCAGGUAAAAACAGUGAAAAUGAAUAAUUUUCUGCGCUUAACAUCUAAAAUAACACAUAGAUAAUUACUUUGCAUCAUUUUAUCCACAAGUUUACUUUUAAUCUUGAAAAAAGCUGAAAAAACAUGCAUUUUUACUCAAAAAUGGCUUGACCACCUGCUACUUAUGGCGUCAUAUCUCGUAACCAUAGUAACUGACCAUCACUAAACUCGUCUCAAAAUGCGUGCGAGGGGUAAACAAACAACUACUGAAAUCUUCAGGCGCUGAAUAUGUUUAAUCGUCUAGGGAAAAAAAUCAGAAAAACCCUAACCCUAACUCUAACCCCCCCCCCUUCCCCCUUGUACUUCCGAUCCGAGGGUUAAGUGUUAUGAAACCUGAAAUUUUACAAUGAAACUCGUAAGACCGUGAACACCAGAAACAUUUCUGGAAAGUCAGUGUUGCAAGGAGAAAGCUACCCUGCCAGCAGAGACUACAUUUUUGCCGUAUGAGCUGGCGUGCGAAAAGAAGCGUGCCAGCUGAUACAGCGAAAAUGUAGCCUCUGCUCAUAGGGCAGGAGAAAGCCAAUUAUGCGAGAGAAAACUAAACCGCAAGCAGCAGCGGCAAUUACCGAGAUGUAGAAGUCAUUGAAAACCGAUAACAAAAAAGAGGAUGAGCAGCUAGAGUCAAGGAUUUGACUCAAUUUUGUUCUGUUGCCCGAAGAUACUCGGUUAUAAGACGCACCCCGAAAAUACAAUAGAUUUAGAGCUAUCAACCAGACUUUCGUUGGAAAAAUGCUGCGCCUUAUAAGCGAAAAAUACGGUAGUUACUUAGUUUGUUCAGUUUGUUUGUUUAUUCGUUUGUUUGUUUGUUUUGGGUGUCCACGGUUUUCGGAGUUAUUAUGUAACUUGUUAUACAUGAAAUUACAGUAACCUUUCAUUCCAGAUUUCAUUUCAGACAACUAAAUAAAACAAGUAAAAUAAAAGCUUAAAUCAAUUAAUUGCCUUUUUUUAGACUCCGCAAAGCAUUAUUUAGUUUGGUAUUCGAUUUCACUUAGUGAUGUCAAAACCGCUAACAAUGCGUUAUUUAUAGUAAAACGUUAUUUUAUUUAUUUAUUUUUUUUUUGUGGGGUAUGAAAACCUCAUACAUUUCGAGUGCAUGAAACGUACAUUCAAUCUUUUGAUGCUAGUAACGUUACGGCGUCGUUUUGUUACUCUCCGAAACAGUGUGAAGCAGUUCCUAACCAAGGAUUCAAGAGAGGAAGCUAUGUUUGCACAUGUAAGCGUGGUUACUACUUCCCAGACGCACUUGCUUCAGAAAAAGCCUUUAACGGCUCCGUAAUUGAACGCGAACAUGAUCGGAUGCUCCGAGGGGAACCGAACGCUUAUGAAAAUAACUUCGAGUGCCGCCGGUGCAGAGAAGGGUGUGACGAGUGUGUUGAUGAUAGUCCAUGUAUUUACACUUUGAAGAUCGUGAUCCGGCUGUUACUAUGUUGUGUAAAUGGCGCUGUUAUGAUUGUGACGAUAGCUUUUGCUGUGUACGUGGCACUCCACUGGGAAGAUAAGGUAUGUACUAAAGAAAUGCCGCGCGCGGUGUGAGUGCCUCGGAAAUAGUUUUCGUUUCCCUUUUAAUAUGCCAUUUUAUGCUUCUUAAUAGCUCAGGUUGUAUCUCACUCGUCCGCAGUCCUUACUCUUUCAAAGUUGCUUACUUUUUAUGUCAAAGGACGAAAAUUAAUUUUUUCUGUCAAUUUUAUGAAGUCGUUUUCCGGCCAAAAGCUGUUAAAAUCGCUAAUCCAAAAACAUGCGAUUAACGCAAAUACCGAGUUCUGUUUUCCCGCAAAGUUUUAGCGCAAACGGAUAAAAAUUGCAAAAACUGGCGAGAAAGAGAUAAUAGGGGGAAAAGCUACAAAUAGUAAAGAUCGUUGUUCCGAGUACCAUUAAGCAAGGAUGCGUAUCUAAAAAACUAAAAGACUAGGUACCAUAUACACGUAGAGAAAUGAUAAUAAUAAUCUUUAUAAAAGUAUAAUUAUACAAAUUCUUAAAGAAAUUCGAAGAGUUAUACAGGAAACAGUUCUCACAUUCAUUCGUAGAGACAAACGUAGCUACAGAUUAUUGUCGAGUAUUGUCGAGGUACAACAGAUUAGUCGUAAGAGUGGUUUGCUUCUCUGUCAUUAGAUUUUCAAAGCCUCGAGUCCCCGCUUCAUGGAGAUCAUGUUACUGGGUGCUUUGCUAAUGUACUCAACGGUUAGUACCAAUCUUUAUUAUAUGGCUGAAUUCGCGAGCGGGCAAGGUGAAGCGCAACCUUGAGCUGUGUUUUGAUUGACUACCCCAGGGGAAGGAUGUGCCCAUUAUGACCGCUCGGGGUUCCCCGCAUUGGUUCCGCAAGAAAAAGUAAACUAUUCCACACUGCAACAAUUAUCGCAUCGCAUUCAGGUAGGGGAAAAACUUCGGCGAAUGAUGUGACAUGAGUCGCAGCAAGAAUAAAGUCGUGGGAGGGUGGGUGGGAAAAUAAAUAGGUCCCUUUGAAACCCUUCAAAAGACGCGGUCAUAUCCCACACUUGGUAUACCUAUACCAUUGCAUCUGAUCUAAUUUGUUGGGCUUAUAUGCUCUGAUUCUAACUUAGUUAUUCAGUGUGAAUAGUUGUCUUUUUUUGCCAUACAUUAAAUCCUUUGUAUUGAACAAGCUUGUUCGGUUAAGAUGGCUGGAUAUGGACCUGAUUCUUUUUAGCGAUUUUUAUUGAACUGGAAUAGAAAGAAAACGCAAUAACCAGCCAUCUUGACUCACGCUUGGUCAACAACGCAUAUGAUGCGCGCUGAACCUAAGCCCUCAAACUCUUACAGUGUUUUAGUUUCAUGAAUUAAUAUAGGUCCUCAGCUGAACGACGCAAAGGAUAAUAUAGCUCAUUUUCUCUUGAAUAUAGCUAUUCAGGUAGAAAUAUUGCCUAAAAGACAAUGAAAGCUUAGUUUCACCCCUGGUUUAUUCCUAAGGACGCACAUUUCUCAGAGGAAUUCAUUCCAGUUCACUGGUAAUGAGACAUUUGAAGUAACUGCCAUCCGCGAAUUAUUCCCAAUAAUAGUGAUAAUCGUAAUCAUAAUCAUAACAAUAAUUAUAAUCAUAAUAAUAAGAAUAAUUAUAAUAAUGAUAGUUAUGGCAAUAAUAAGGAUAACAAAAAUAACAAAAAAGAAACACAAACAGACAAAAGCUCUCCCUAGUUAAAACAGCGAAAGCCGCGAAUGGUGAUCCUGUCAAAUUUAUGUUAUGGAUCUUCUUUUGCUGCUCUCUGUUCGCAGCUUAUCGUUUCGUACCUCAAACCCACUGGAAUCCGCUGUAUCAUUAGACCCUGGCUUAAGCACAUUGGCUUCGCGCUCGUUUAUGGACCCUUGGCUCUCAAAACAUGGAGGUAUUUAAAAAACCUAUUUGUCUAUACAAGUGUCCUGAAUUCUGCAUUUUCUCUGGUGUUGAGGUGUUGUUUAGAUGUAAUACAAUACAAACUUUAAUGACAGCUUGGGUUGAGCUAUGCUUUUAAAUGGGCAAAUACAAAAUACCUUAUUAUAGGAAAUUAACGCUCCAUGAAAUUAACGCGAAUCGUUACUAUUCGCGUUAUUUUAAGUCGCGUUAAUUUUUUUGAACGUUAAUUUCAGCGCUCUUAAUUUCCAGUAUUUUAACCCCAAUUUUGGAACCUGUCCAGACAUUCUUGACACCCGAAAAACAUUAACUAUAAGCUUUCUUUCUUUCCAUUUACCCUUUAUUUUCAUCUUUCACAAACGCUAAGGCGAAGGUUUACGAUUUUGCGAGUUCGUCUUCAUCGUUGUCGCUGUCAGAAGUGAUGUCAAUAUCUUCUCCUUUGAUUUCGGCCAAGAUAGAUUACGAAUCGUCAACAUAGUCUUUCUCGACAGAAUAUGAGACUUCCUCUGUUCCUGUUAAUUUCCUAUAUUAUGAAAUUCUACCUCUUCUUUCGCGUAAAUUUUCUUUAUUCGAAAGUCGUUUCCCAUUAAAUUCGCGUUAAUUUCCAAUACCUUAAUUUCAUGGAGCGUUAAUCUCCUAUAAUAAGGUAAGAUCGAAAUGGGGAGGUUUUGUGAGCCCGCGAGAUAGAGCAACCCCCACAAAGCCUUAUCACUAAAACAGCAGGACACAAAACCUCCCCUGGGUCAAUGUUACAUUGUCAGAUAGUCCGAAUUUACUCCCUGGGAGCGAGGUGGGGUUGUGGUCAGUUGAGAUAAACAGUAAUAUCUGGGACGUAGUUAGAAAUUUUUCGGAGGUACCCGUAGCUUUAUUGUUUUUCAAUUUUUAUUAUUAUUCUCGUGCGUGAUUUGAUUAAAUUUCCGUCAUUUACCAAUAUAGUGAGAUGAUCAUCUCUUCGGGUCCCAGGACCGUGUAGGGCAGCAGGAACGACUUUCACGAUCGGCAAAAUCUUGAAAAAAACACAGCAUUUUAAACUUAUGUGAAAGAAGUUAAGCGGAGUUUAAUGGGCAAUUACGGCGUUUUUUUAACUAUCCCUACUUACCUCCUAUUCCUUUGCUUUGUUUUUCUAUUUUACAUUGUUUAUCUUCGACCUUUUUAUGUUCGGGUAAGCACCUGCGUACUGGCGUAUAGGUAGUUUCUACGCCCCUGAAUAUUACAGUGUUCUUGAAGUUGCCGGUCUGAUAGCUUUUGUUUUCUUCCUUGUUUUGUAGGGUGGCAUUAAUUUUCCGCGUGCGUUCGGCUCAGAAGCUUGCACUUACUGACGGGGUUUUGUUAAGACACCUAUGCCUUCUCGUGCUGCUUUACUGCUCUUAUUUGACCGCCUGGACAGCACUUCAACCACCCUUAGUUGAAACAGCACGGACAUCUAAUGACCUCAAAUAUGAAAGAUGCAUCGAAAAUUGGUUCGAUCACACUCUCAUAUUCGGUAAGACGGGGGGACACACUAGGAAGCAUUUUGCGGCGACAAAUUCGUUAGUGUGAGAUUACCGAUUUUAUGAAAAAGGCCUGUUACGGGACGAAACGCUGUCCCCAUUACAUGUUGCAUGAAAUUCAACUGGUCUUAAUUUAUGUUUCAUGACUCAGAUAUCCAAUGCAUCCCGCCGUUCAGUACACAUAAGAGUAGGUAUUGCAGAGACGGCACUAUAUAACCUGUGAUCGCAGGUUAGGACAGUGCAUUGCCGGCCUUAUAGUGUGUAUCGGCUUGUGAGAGAGGACCAUUCAAUCCUCACCCCUUACCACAAAACUAAACUCACUGAUGUGUCACUUCUACACUGCAUAAAGUGAUAUCUGAGGCAUUAUUUACGAAAUAAACCAACAAAACCGUCUUGAAAGAAAGGUAAUCAAAAUGGCUUUGAAGACUAGAACAGGCUACGGAGACGAAUUUAAAAUUACUUGGCGCUCCGCAGUGUGAACUGUGACUUGUUGGAAUGCAUCUAAACUAUCGAGACCCAAAAAUGAAAGCUUCUUUCCUACUCCAUUAGGAAUUGCUCUUGACUUGAAUUGCUAUCUUUAGACCAAAACACACGAAUGGCCUAAAAAUUCAGUUUUCCCUUCAUGUUGACAUGAUAUGGCGCAUAGCCUGAGGGUGCAUGGUACUUACUUUUUUGGGGAAAUUUUGCUCGAUACUACUGCUCCAAAGACGUUUAUUACGGAAACUUUACACUCCAGCAAACCGAAACAGUUUAUUAUUUACAUUCUCACCGAAAUUUUCGGAAAUAGUUUUGUAAGUGAAAUCCCACUCACCCACCUCCUCUAAUAGUUAUUCAUUUAACUGCGAACUGCUUAUUGUUUCGCGUCACUUUUGACAAUUAAAUGACGAAUGGCGAAUAGACCCUUCCACGGUUUUUUCAACCAUUGACAUCGACCAGUUAGGGCCGGAAAAUCUGUCAAUAUCAAUAUCACUAGAAAGAUAGCCUGCGAACAGCAAACAUGUUUCCAGUCGUCACUUUUCUCCCUCCGGAGAGAAGCGACGACCGAAAGUACGGCUGCUGAAGGAUUUUCCCUAUCUUGGCCAUGUCAAAAGUUGAAAAAACCGUGGAAAAGGUCUGUUUAGCCAGUAUCCUACCUGUCUGCUUGCAUUAAUUUUGUCUUUGCUGUCGCUGCUGUUGAUGUUGUUGUUGUUGUUUUCUUUUUCUUUGUUUUUUUUUUUGGCUAGUUUGUUUUGUCUUGAUUUCUCUUUUGGUUCAUUAUAUCAAUAACGUACCUUUAUAAAUAUAUUGUCCUGUACAGUAGUCCUACGCUCUACAAACAUUCUCUACUAUAUGUAAAGCUCAGUGUCAUUUCUCGUUUCAUUUAAAAGUAGGUGGUGGUCAACUAGAAAGCUUUCGCUACUUUGAUCCUCCUUAAAUAGUGUGAAAUAAACGAACCUGAACCUGUCGUUUAUCUUAGGAGAUAUGAUGGUGCUGAUCUGGGGGAUGUGGCUUAGUUACAAGAUUAGAAACGCCCCGCCAGCUUACAACGAGAGUAAGAUCAUCAGCUGGGCCGUUUAUAACGCCAUGUUCGUUACCAGUUUUUUCAUGGUUUUCAGGUCAGUUUUCAUGGCACUAAGUCAGAGAUUCUGUUCCGAUAACCCUUGGCGUGGAUGGGUUAAAUUAUGAAGCCACGCAUAGAGCCAUUUAGAACGAGCGAAAGAAUAACCAUUACUUUCAUAUUAACAAUUACAUGAACUAAAAAUACAGGGGUAUUAAGGGGUACUUAGUUUCUUCAACUGUCUUCGCUUGUAUUAUCAGUUUAAAACAGCGUGAAUACGUCCGUUGUAAAUGUAUGUAGACUCUCGAAAACCAAUGAACACCCUUUGCAUCCUUUUAGAUCCAGUCAGUGAUACAUGAUUUUCUUCAUACUUCUCUAUAGUAACCACCCAUAUAGGGGAGAUUUUACCCUCUGUUUGAAGUAUACAUAAUGCACUUAUUUAUAACGUGAUGACCCUGUAACUUAUUCUCUUUUGUUUAUUUCCCGAAUUUUUUUUAGGGUAACAAUGAAAGGAAACACAAAUCCAGACCUGAUGUACGGGCUGGAUUUUGUACUGAUUCACAUGGACUGUUCUACUGUGUUAGUACUCAUGUUUGCUCAUAAGGUAAGCUCUUGUACAUCCUAUUUUGGCUGUAAGUCAUCUUUUAUUAGUCUGCCGACCGUUUUAAGUCCCAAGAAUGACCAACAUCAAUUUUCUUCUAACAACAUGAAUACAUAGUCAAGAGAUAGAGAGAACUUUUUUAUUCAUAUCAGGGUAGUCCAUUCAGACGCCUUAGUACCUGCUAUCAACUGGGGCCCUGGAAACGGUAACGGGAAUUAAUAAAAUAAUUACCAAAGGAAAAAUGCAAGAAUUAUUUGCAAAAUUUAAACGAGAUAUCAGAAAGAAAAAAAAAGAAAAAAGAUAUCAGUCUAGGAAAUUUGUAUGUGAGAGUCUGGGCCUUAAAGGGUCAACCCUUCCGCUACAUGCGAUAACCAAAGUUUGCGCGAAGUAACGAAGGCGCAUUGAACGCCAAGUGCUAUGAACUUGUGAAAUCCAGGAUGCCCAGCAUGUGCCUUUGUUUCUAUAUGAAAAAACUUAAGGCGCCCGGGAAGGCGCCUCAGGCUACUGAGCGCUGCUAGAGCACAGCCUUGGAACUGAAAAUGAAGCGCAAAAGAGGACUGCUGAUCCUCUGGAGAUUUCAUUUGUGCGAAUGAUCUGUGGAUGUUUUUCUUUUAGUUUCAAUUUUUAUAUCUUUAAACAAGAAGAUCGAAUUUUACGCCAAAAAAAAAAAUCGAGGUGUAUCUGAACAGGCCGGCAUAAAUGUCAUCAACUUUCGUUGCACACGGAAAUAUACAUUUCUUACCAUCUGGUUAGUUCUACACUCCAGUGAGUGUGUGCUCCAUGUGCUCCUAGGCCAUAGUAACGGCGAACAUGAAAAUACUUUAACAAAAACAGCAAAACUCUGAAUUCUCUGACGCAUUAAUUUACAGGGCAGUUCUGAUGAGAUAUCAAGCCCAUUAACAGCCAUUCAAGUCUUUUUUUAUUUUUUUCUUAGUACUUAUUAGUUCGCCAGAUGAAAGGAACAGAUGACAUCAGAUCCAGAGGACAGAUGCCGUCAUCACAUAACAACAUGCCGGUUUCCGAGGAGGAGAUCGACGUGCAAUCGACUGGUCAUCAACAGGGGCAAUCAUUGAGCAACGAGAAUCAAGAACUCAGGGUACAAUAA